GUGCUGGGUCACGUGAUCAGCAGAGAGCGUCCAGCCGCAGAAUGGAGUAUGUGACGUCCCCUCUCUCCACCCAUGACAUUCCCGGCUCCCCCCAUUCGGUCCAUAUCCUCCUGGAAGGUUACUGCAGGGACGUCGGGGCCGAUCGUUUCGAGGCUGACGGCACGGUCACCCUUAUCCGUGGCCCGCUGACCGUCCUGGUGGACACCGGCGGCCCGUGGUCCCGCGAUAUUAUCCUGGAGGCUCUGCAGGGCCACGGCGCGGCUCCCGGCGACGUCACCCACGUCAUCUGCACCCACGGACACUCCGAUCACGCCGGCAACCUCAACCUCUUCCCGAAGGCGGAGAUUCUGGUGUCCUACGACCUGUGGCGGGACGGCUCCUACGUCUACCACAACUUCCGCGGAGGAGAACCCUACCUGCUGCCCGGUGGGGAAGGGCUGAAGGUGGUGGCCACGCCAGGUCACACGGGCAGCGAUGUAACCCUCCUCGUUCCGGGGACCAGUCUCGGCAUGGUGGCCGUGGCCGGGGACGUCUUCGAGCGGGAGGGAGACGAGGACUCUUGGAGAGAACUGAGCGAAAACGCAGAGGUCCAGGAGAAGAGCCGGAGGACUUUGUUGGCUUUGGCCGAUGUGAUCGUUCCUGGACACGGACCUCCGUUCAGGGUCAUUCGGGCUGGGCAGGACCCGGACCCUAAAUAAAGCCAAGAACCAAUCAGAGUGGUUCAGUUCAGAGUGGCCAAUAGAUAUGGUGAAGGACUCUUCUGAGUAAGAGCUCUGGAUGACUUGGUUGAACAAUGUAUAAUUGACAUAUCUAUGGUCAGU